AUGCGACAUCGACUACUACAAAACAUCCUAUCAACAAGGCUGUAUUCAACCGUUAACAAUGUUGCACUACUGAAAAUUCGAAACAUUGGAAUCAUUGCUCAUAUUGAUGCAGGGAAAACCACCACCACUGAGCGAAUGAUCUACUAUAGUGGGAAAAGUAGAAGAAUAGGAAACGUUGAUGAAGGUGAUACCGUUACUGAUUAUCUACGAGCGGAGAGGGAGCGUGGUAUAACUAUUCAGCUGGCAGCAACAACGAUACCGUGGAAUCAACACAAGAUCAAUAUAAUUGAUACACCUGGCCAUGCUGAUUUUACAUUUGAAGUUGUACGGUCAUUACGAGUGUUGGAUGGCGCUGUUACUAUUUUAGAUGCAGUUGCAGGAGUUGAAGCACAAACCGAAAAAGUGUGGAAGCAAGCCAGUGUAUUGGGUUUGCCUAGAAUUGUUUACAUAAACAAAAUGGAUCGACCUGGUGCUGGUUUCAGUAGAACUGUUCGAGAAGUUGUACAAAAAUUAGAGACGAGAGUGGUGCUAUGCAACCUUCCAUACUUUGAAGUUGCUGCUGAUCAAGAAUACAUUUUUAAAGGUGUUAUUGAUGUAUUGCAUGGUAAGUUAUUAAAAUGGAAAGAAGAGGACGAGUUUGGUAAGGAAAUUGACGUUAUUGACUUGAAUGAAUCCACGCCCGACCUCUUUGGUAUGUACUGCAAGGCAAGGGAAUCAAUGGUGGAAACACUAGGUGAAGUUGAUGAAUCAGUCAUUGAUGCAUUUCUCGAAAAUGAUGAGAAUUAUUUGAAGAUUUCUCCUGAGUUGUUGGAUCUGGCAAUUCGAAAAGCUACUAUUGAAAACUAUUUAACCCCUGUAUUUUGUGGGUCUUCCUUUAGAAAUAUCGGAGUGCAACCGUUGAUGGAUGGUAUAACAAAGUAUUUACCUUCCCCCUUGCAGACUUCGUUACCAGAAAUUAAAAGUAAAAAGAAGGAAAUAUUAAAAAAGAUGGAUGAAACUAAAGGAUUAGUGUUUAACAAUGAUAAGAACUUGACAGUUGGUCUUGUGUUUAAAGUCAUGACUCAUGUGACAAGAGGACCAAUGACGUUUUUCAGAAUUUACAGUGGCAAAUUGAAUGCCUCCACCAAUUUGGUCAAUACAAGAACUGGAAAGAAACUAUUAGUGAGAAAUUUACUUGUGAUGCAUGGUGACACACCCGAGGAAGUGAAAAGCGUUAGUGCCGGUGAUAUUGGUGUUAUCCCUGGUUACGAAACUGAGUUCAAAACUGGAGACACAUUUGUUUCCAGUGCUGCUGGAAAAAAAACGAUGGGGCCAACUGAAUCAAGUAUGACAUUGAUGCCUAUUGACAUUCCUCCACCAUUGUUCAAUGCAAGUAUAGAACCACAUACCGCUGGUGAUGAAGCAUACAUGAAGAAAUGUUUGGAUAUUCUAAUUCGUGAAGAUCCUUCGUUGAAAGUACAUGUGGAUGAAGAGCUAGGACAAACUGUGCUCAGUGGAAUGGGAGAGUUGCAUUUGGACAUUGUGCGUGAGAGAUUGAUCAAUGACAUGAAAGCAAAAGUCAACUUGCGCGAAGUCGCUGUUUCUUUCAAGGAAUCAUUCGUGGGUAAAGCUGAAGCACAGGGCAGUUUUGAAGGUGAACAUAUUCAAAUCAAAUUAACUGUCGGUCAUGUUGAAAAUUGUUUAGACUUUGAGUCCGUACCUGGCGCACAUAUAUUUGAAGAUGAAAACAAUAUCAUAAUCUUGCCCGAUUCAGCAGCUUCCGAACAUGUAAAGACGGCAAUGAGUGAUCGGAGAUGGAAGUGCCCCAACUCGUUAGACGAUUUACAAGAGGCAUUAAUCAAUGGAUGCUUAACAUCUUUGCAAAUGGGUGGCCCACAAUUGGGUCUUUCGUUGCAUUCCACGGUCGUUACCAUAAAUCAUUGGGAUGCUCCUGUGGACAAAAAUGAAGAGCUAGUCCCUUCAAUGAUGAAUGCAAGCAGACAAGCGAUCCAAACAGUUAAAGAGACUGAGUCCGACUUUGCCAUUUUUGAACCGGUAAUGAUUACGAAAGUUUAUGUCAAUUCAAAUGAUUUGGGUGAAGUAUCUCAUGAUUUGACACAAAGGUGUCAGGCUGUCAUUUUAGCAGUUGAGGAUGAAUCGGUCCAAGACACCGAGAUUGCUGAUUGGACAGCAGAAGUUGUUGAAAAGACAUAUGUACCACCUGACUACACCAUAUCGCAAACAAAGGGCAGAAAUGAGGAUUUUGCCAAUAAGAAAAUCAUCAUUGCUGAAACUCCCUUGAAAGAAAUGAUUGGGUACUUGUCAAAAUUGAGAGCUCUUACACAAGGAAGAGCCACUUUUGAUAUGUCUUUUAUUGGAAUGAGACGAGUAACUGGAUCAAGAGCCGAUUCAAUUACUCGUGGAUAA